CAGACAGAGAUCCAGACCUCGGUGAGCACACUGGAUGUUGUGAGUCACUUCCAGAGACAAGUUCAGCCCAACCCCAAGUCUGAUUCCCAGAUGGCUGGGAGAGGUGGAGGGGUGAGGGGGCCGGAGAGAAGGACCCAGGCCGCUCCCGCUGUUACACAUACCCACAAUGCACAGGGAAGCCAGGUUUUAGUUGUGAAUCCCUUGGGGGAGGAGGAAGAGGAGUUUGAUGAACUGGAGGAUGAAGAGGAGAAGGAGAUUCUGACUACCUCACUGCUGGGAGGACAAUAUGAUGAGGAGGAGUCAGCUCUCUCCUUUCAGGAGGCACUCAGGCAGUGGAGAGGAGAGAGAAGAGAGGGAGGAGAGAGAGGAGAUGCAAUCUGGAGACCCUUCCAAGCACGGACAGUAUCAGUGGAAGUGAUGGUGACCCAGUCAGACCUGAGUGACAGUGGGGCUGAGAGAGGACCAGUGAAGGUGGAGUUCACCCAACACAGUCUCAGUUACAUGGACAGACUUCUCAUCAAGAGACACCGCAGGAAGCCGAUGGAAGCCUAUCAACCAGUGUCCUCCCUGGUCUCAGUGCAGAGCUCCCCAACACACACACUGACAGCUGAGGAUGUGGAGUUGAGGAGGUACUGUGCCUCGCUGUUUGCUGUGUCAUCCUGCGGGGGCAGCGCUGAGCCAGAGCCUUCACCUGGAUCGUGUCUGAGCAUAGAGGAGUUAGAUGAGGAGACAGUUAGAGACAGAGGGUUUGUUACUGAACAGAAGGCAGAAGACAACACAAAGCAAGAGGAAGUCAAUGCAAUUGGAGGUCCUAACCUGUCCCACAAUGCAUUGUCCCAGGGAGCCAUGUUGUCUGGGUCUCCAGUGACCUGGUCACCUCGCCCUCCAUUGGUCUCUAAAGUGGGGACCACUCAGAUACCACAACCUGACCACACUAGUGUACGGUCUCCAAGGUCCACCACUGCGUCACCUCAGCCCAGACGACCAAAGACCCCUGGGUCGUCAUCCAAGACACCAGCCAAGUCAACACGAACGGACUGCUCUUACAACCUCCAUCAGUCAACUCUAGACCCCUCAUCCCCCAGCCCUUCUCCCUCUAUACCCAAUCCAGAGCUCUUAUCUGCAGGGCCCCCAUUCUCUCUGUCUCCCUCUCCACCCUCUCUCCACUCCCUCAGGCCCCCAUCCUCUCUGUCUCCCUCUCCACCCUCUCUCCACUCCCUCAGGCCCCCAUCCUCUCUGUCCACAUUCACUCUCUCACCUUCGAGCCUCUUGGAGCCAGAGUCACCUCCGUUACCCAAAGUCUCAGUCAUCGCCGUCACCACCAGAGCCCUUAUCGUCCGCCUUGCCGUACUCUCAGUCACCUAG